GGUUUGUGGGCGGGGAUAAGCCGUCAUGUUGCUGCGGGGACCGGUCAAACAUCCCUGGUUCAACCAGCAGAGGACAACAUGCCCGACUUCUGUUCUGCUUUUGGAUGUUCUAAUGAAAGAAAUGCCAAAACCAAGGAGCAGGGAAUAACCUUUCACAGGUUCCCCAAAGAUAAGGCUAAAAGACAAUCAUGGACAUUAGCAAUGAAGAGAAAGGACUUUGAGCCAAAUGACCGCUCAGUUGUCUGCAGCCUUCAUUUCAAGUCAGAAGACUUUGACAAGACUGGACAGACAACUCGUCUAAGGGAAGGAGUGACCCCGUCAUUUCCUUACCGCCUUCGCAAAGUGCCCAGAUCAUCCAGGUCACACAAAGCUGCAGCAGAAUCUCCUGAUGUUUAUGUUCAGCUAAUAGAGGGCCUUCAGAUGUCACCCGCAGUGAGUGCAACAUAUGACGGCAAAUUGGUGCCAAAAUCCGCGAGAGCAAAUGAGAUCCAGGCACAUGGAUUUAGAAGAGCCCCACCCAAGCGCACUUGGAGAAAGGUAGAGACAAUUUUGCCACUUGUAGAUCAUGAUUACGACCAAAGAUCCCUGCCACUGGAGGAGCAGCUUCAGGAGGCCCUUAAGACCAUCACAUGCCAAGAAGACGAGCUUGUGAAACUAAGAAUGAACCGCUUCCUUCUUAAACGAUUCCAAUGUGAUGACAGACUAAUUACGUUUUACACAGGGUUUAAAGAUUAUAUCACUCUCAUGGCUGUCUUUAUGGCUCUGCAACCUACAGCUGAAAACAUGGAAGGAUGGAGCCAAAAACAAGCAGAUCAACACACCAUGACAAAUGGUUUUAAAGAGCAAAGCGUACCUCUCAUAGACCAGUUUUUUCUCUUUCUGUGCCGUUUGAGGCAGGGUUUUUUAGUGCAGGACCUUGCAAUUCGUUUCAAUGUAUCGCAGGCAACUGUCAGUAGAAUUUGCACCACUUGGACAAACUUUCUUUAUUACAUGUUAGGAUCUGUCCUUGUUUGGCCUUCAAGAGAAACAGUAAAUAAAUGUAUGCCUCUGUCUCUGAAAAAUACUUUCCCUCGUACAAGAGUGAUAUUAGACUGUACAGAAAUACAUGUACAAAGGGCCAGUUCUACAGCACUCAAUUCAGAAACCUACUCCCAUUGCAAAGGAACGACCACACUCAAGUCCUUAGUUGGCAUAAGCCCGUCUGGUGAACUUACUUUCGUCAGUGACUUAUACACAGGGUCAAUAUCAGACAGAGAAAUCACAAAGUCGUCUGGGAUUCUCUCUUUGUUAGAGGAAAGGGACGAGGUAAUGGCACAUAAAGGCUUCCUUAUUGGUGAUCUUUUGUCUGCCAUAAAAGUCCGUCUUGUGAUACCGCCAUCCCUAGGGUCAGAUAGACAUCUUACCCAGGAGCAGCUGUUGCAGACACAGGAAAUUGCUCGCCUCAGGAUUCAUGUUGAACAGGCCAUUAGUAGAAUUAAAGAAUACCACAUUUUUGACAGAACAUCGUCCAUUGGCACUAUGGGGUCUAUAAACCAAGUCUGGAAGGUGUGUGCCCUCCUCACAACUUUUCAAGGACCAUUGUUCUGAACCUGAACGUAAACAAAACUGCCUUGCCUUUUCUACAUAUAUUUGUAUACAAGUAUUACUAUGUUUAUAUCGUGUGAUCUAGCUCAGGCAUUUAUAGGCUACUUAAUCACUUUAAAGUCUCUUUGUAUAAAAGCAUCUGCACAUAAAUGACUUGUUAAUAAACCUGCCUCUUGGGGAAAAGUUAA